AUGGUGACGCCAUUUCCAGAAGCCAAGACAGCCGACACCGCAGAGAUGGGAGCCGCUGCCGCCGCCACAGGCGGCUCGCUUGGCGCAGCGCUGCUGCCAACAGGGAAGGAGAGCACUGCGCCAGCUUCGAGCGACGCUGAGGCAUUCAGGCAGCUCGCCGAAGCAGCAUUGGCCGCGCAUGCGCGCGGCGAGGCAGGCCCCCAGGAGCCCCAUCUUCUGAUCAGGAUCCUGCAGAAGGCGGGCUCCUACGCCUCCUUCUCCCCCAUGAUCCUGGUGGCAGUCAUCCCUGACAUCAGGGUGGCCGCCCUCGUGGCCGCCUGCGUGGCGGUGUUCAACUUCCUGGUGGCCACCGCGCUGAGGUGGCGGGGGGUGCUCAAGGUGUGGCCAAAGACGUUUGACCUGGUCAACAUCGCGAUCUACGUCGUCGCCAUGGCGGCCUCCUUCACGCACCCCGACUUCACGCGCCUCUGGAUGCCGGUGUGGACGUCCGGCCUGACGGGGCUGUAUUUCCUGGCCUCCCUGCUGGUGCGGCGGCCCUUCACCGUGGAGCUGGCCAAGGAGAGCGCCCCAGAGUGGAUGUGGGGCAACGCGGCAUUCUACGCCAUGAACUUCUGGAUCAGCCUCGCGCACCCCUUCAAAUGA